CCGCCUUCCACGUCGCCCCUCUCUUACAUCCACACCUGCCCCCUCACUUCCUCCUAGCCACCUCUCAGCACAGACCAGGACCUUUGUUAUCAUGGCUCAGCAACGUUUUGACCCCAACAACGCUCAGAACCUCAUCGAAAUCGAGAAACAGUUUGCCGUCAAAGCCGUCGAGCAGGCGCAGACGUACUGGCAUCUCCUUGAGAAGGUCCAUCCAAGCGACCUCAAGCUCACCAAGCUCGACGAUGAGAUCUACGAGCACACGAUGAGCACCUUCCCAGAGUUCGCCGAGAACGACCACGCGAAGCUCAUCAAGCUCGACGAGGACUUCCUCAAGAGCGAGGACGGCAAGAAGCGGUGGCGCGACUUCAUCCAGUCGUACGAGAAGAAGGUGAAGGACUACAACUUUGGCUCGCUCAUCCGCACGGAUGCCCGUAACGAGUACAGCGAGACCAACACCAUCUUCGUCACCCGGAUACAGUUCUACGCCGUUGAGAUCUCGCGAAACCGCCUUGGGCUCAACGACAAGGCUCAUGAGAUCGCCAAGGAAGAGGCCGAGAAGGAGCGCAUCAAGGCCGAGAAAGAGAAGGCCAAGUCUGGCAAGAAGAAGAACGGCAAGUCAUGACAUCCUCCGUCAUAUGGAGGCGCCCUCUUGCUAUAAGGUAAGAGGCGCUCGCUGGGAUCCAUACCCCGCUACGUGUUGUGUAUAAAACCUUGCCAAUGGUGAGGGUAUAACGGACGUAUAUUUGUGGAAAAUGUAAUAAUUUUGGUUGGGCGAAGUUGCAUUAUCACUAAAUACAAUCAAAAGUCUGAGUCGGC